AUGAGUUUACCGGAAACUUUUAUUAGGGGUUUUCACGAUGAAAAAGCCGUGAGAAAAAUGACUUACACUAAAUUGGGAAAAACUGAUAUGAACGUAUCUAAAAUUUCUCUGGGUACUGGAGGAUUUUCCUAUUUUUACGGAGAAUUCAAUAUAGAAGACUGUAAAAAGGCAGUGCAUGAAGCAAUCAGAAGUGGGAUAAACUAUAUUGAUACAGGACCAUGGUAUGGUCAUGGUGUGGCUGAAGAGGUACUGGGUAAAUGUUUAGAAGGCAUACCCAGAAAAGCCUAUUAUUUGGCAACUAAAAUUGGUCGAUACGAAAAAGACCCCAAACUAAUGUUCGAUUUUUCAGCAAAAAAGACUAAAGAAAGCAUCGAUGUUACAUUAAAAAGGCUGAAAUUAGAAUACGUCGACGUAUUACAAGUGCACGACAUAGAAUUUGCUGCCGAUAUGAAUAUAAUUAUUAACGAAACUCUACCUGCCAUUGAAGAUAUAGUCAAAUCGGGUAAAGCAAAAUAUAUCGGUCUAACUGCCUAUCCAGUAUCGACUUUAUUAGAAUGCAUCGAAAGAAGUAAAACGAACAUAGACAUGAUUCUGAGCUACACGAGGCUGACGAUGAUUGAUGAUACUUUAAAUCACUUUAUUCCUAAACUACAAGCAAGAGAUAUUGGAAUAGUAAACGCUUCAGCCAAUGGUAUGGGGCUGCUAAGCAAUUUUGGACCGCAAGAUUGGCAUCCAGCACCACAAGAAAUUAAAGACGCAUGUACUAAGGCUAGAAACUUUUGCAAAGAAAAUGAUGUGGAAUUGGGAAAACUGGCAAUAUUUUAUAGUUUGCAACAAAAGGGUCCCGAAACCGUAUUAAUUGGUAUGAAUAAGCCAGAACUCGUGUCGGCCAAUUUAGACGUUCUGAUAAAUGGUUUAACACCAAAAGAGAAGGAAUUUUAUGGCAAAGUUCUAAAGUUUUUUGAAAAUCUAAGUGUAAAGCAUUGGGAAAAUAUUGAACUAGAAAAUUAUCAAAAACUUAUGAAAGGAGAAGAUGGUGCAUGUCAAUUUUUCACAACAAAACAAUGA